UGAAAGUGAAAGCAGGAAGUUAGCUUGUCGUCGUUGGGCUCCGUUGACUCUGGUCCUGGUACCGCCCGCUCCCAGCCUCCUCCGGUCGUCGCCAUGGUGCAGAUGAUGGAGUCGCAGUGCGAGUAUUUCAUGUACUUCCCCGCGGUACCGAUCACGGACCUGUCGGACCCGGCCCGGUACCGCAGCCUGCCCCGCCGGAGCCACCUCUACCUGGGCGAGACGGUCCGCUUCCUGCUGGUUCUGCGUUGCCGGGACUCGGGGGGGACGCCAACCGAGCAGGGCCCCGACGGUGCUGAUGGACUCGCUGCAGGUUUCGGGACAGAGUCCGUCAGUAGUCGAGCGUGGAGGGAGCUGGCCGGCUCGCUGUGUGCCGUGGCCAGCGUGAGCCCUGGUGAGAACAGCCGUCACCGCGGUAACCAUCACCACGACUACCAGAGCGGCGCAGACGAGGACGGCGAGGACGACUACAUGGCCGCGGCGGAGGCGGCCAUAGCGGCGCUGGGGAGCCGGGUGGACUCGCGCUGCCGCAGCUUCAGGGACUGCAAGCCCCUCCUCAUCCACAACUCRUCCGGGACCGCCUCCAGGGAGUUCCGCAGGGCACCGGUCCAGUCUCCUCUGGACGAGCCGGUGGUUCUGACAGACGAGGUGAUCUUCCCGCUCACCGUCUCUCUGGACAAACUUCCUGUCAACACCCUGAAGGUCAAGGUGAUGGUGACGGUGUGGAAGAAGGAGGCAGAGAAGGUGGAGGUUCAGGAGCUGGGCUACCUGAGCGUCCUGCAGCAGAGAGAACCGUCCCACACCUUCAGACACGACCUGAACACCUUCAAGGCUCAGGUCAGCACCACCCUGACCGUCCUGCCUCCUCCCACUGUUCGCUGUAAACAGAUGACCGUCUCUGGGAGGCACCUGGCCAUCCUCAAAGUUCUGAAUGAAUUGUCUCAGGAGGAGGUGAGCAUUCGAGACGUCCGUAUUCUACCCAACCUGAACGCUUCCUAUCUUCCUGUGAUGCCCGACGGCUCCGUGCUGCUCGUAGACAACGUUUGCCAUCACUCCGGUGAGGUUGGCAUGGCAUCUUUCACCCGUGUGGACAGCACCGCCUCCCGCCUUCCCAGCAUGCUCAGCGCUCUGGAGGAACACGACUUCCUGUUCCAGCUUCACCUGAAUGAAACGCCACCGGAUGAGUCCACCGAGGGUCURGAGGUCCCUCUGGUCGCUGUGCUGCAGUGGUCAACUCCCAAGAUGCCUUUCACCAACUGUAUCUACACCCACUACAGGCUGCCCAGUAUCCGGUUGGACCGCCCUCGGCUCGUGAUGACCGCCAGCUGUCCGAGCUCCGUCACCGUGAAGGAGCGCUUCAAGGUCAAAUACGUUCUGCUCAACAACCUGCACGACUUCCUGGCUGUCCGUCUGGUUUGGACCCCCGAAGGUAAAAACAGCCCGUCCAGCCCRGCGGUCCGGGACCUGUUGGACCGGCACCAGGCCAGUCUGGGUCGGUCUCAGUCCUUCUCCCACCAGCAGCCGAGCCGGUCCCACAUCAUGAGGACGGGCAGUGCCAUGGAGCGCCGGGCCAUCACGCCUCCUGUGGGGUCUCCGGUGGGCCGGCCCCUCUACCUGACACCGCAGGACAAAACWCGGCUGUCGCUGGACAAGAUCGCCAAGAGGGAGUGCAAAGUUCUGGUGGUGGACCCGGUCAGCUAGGGCCCACGGACUCACAGAACCACCAGGGUUUUAUCUGGACCCUAAAAGUCCACAAACUGAAUGGACCCGUCUGAUCCGGAGUGGGCUGGAUUUAAUGUGAUAUUUAUUGUUUUAAUUUAUUUAAUGUUUACAGGUUCUGACCCGGUUUGAAACAGUUCAGGGAGGUUCUGUUCAGUUUGGACCAAACAUGCAGGAAAGAAUUUCUCUUUAAUUCCCAUCAAACUGCUCAGAAUGUUUUUCUUUUUGUUUCAGGAAAGGUUCAGAACUGAAAGGAAGUGUUCUGGUUCUGGUUCUGGUUCUGGUUCUGGAACUGCUGCAGUAUUAACUGAAACAAUUAAAGUUUCUGUUUGAACA